GAUUACGGCGAUCCGGACACUAAUCUGGCCCGACAUGAGAGCCCUGAGCCGCCACCGUAUGACUUGUCGGCCAUCAACUCAACACAUGUGGCCCUCAUAUAUACGGCCAACGAUUGGCUCAAUCACGUCGAUGACGUGCAACGGCUCAAAGAGCAUUUAAAAGUUAAAUUACUGGAUGACUAUCAAGUGCCGGAUGAGACGUGGAAUCAUAUGGAGCUGGUGUGGGCACUGGAAACGGGACAGUUGGUCAAUCCCCGUUAUACAGCGGAAAUCAUUGAGUCACGUGGCUUUCGGACAGAAAACCACUACAUAACCACCGAGGACGAUUACAUACUGACAGUGACCAGGAUUAUUAACUCGCACGUGACCGAUCGAGCUGGUUUACGACCCGUGUUAUUACAACAUAGUUUUGGAAAUAGCGCUAACGUAUGGCUGAUUAACUCUUUGGGCAAACUUACGCGAGACGGCCAGUGGGUUGAGGACAACAACGACAGCCCAGUAGGCAAUACAUUGGGGUUUGUGCUGGCGGUGAACGGGUAUGACGUAUGGCUGGCCAAUUCACGGGGUAAUAUAUACUCGAUCAAUCACACCUAUUAUGAUAGUGGUGACCCCGAGUUCUGGAGUUUCUCCAUAGACGAGAUGGUAGAUUACGAUUUACCCGCAAUCAUAGCGUAUAUACAACGGGAGACUCAUAAAAGU